CAGAGUCUCGCUUCUUUCCAGGCUGACCCACUUCCCGGUCCCGGAAACAAACUGUCAGGCCAGCCCUUCCAGAUACUUCUCCUCCCGUUCUUUAGCGCCCUCACAGGUCGGGAGGAAGAUUUAUCACCAGAACUCAUUGUAUUUCUGUCACAGGCAGUAUGAAGGUUAAACUAUGAUACUGGCUCUUUAAAUGAAGGGGCAUUUUCAACAGAACUGAGCAAGGGGAGACGAGAAUCCAGCCCUUUUCAAUCACAUGGUUUGAAUGGAAUGAGGAAGACUCGCUGUCAGUGUCAGAGAAAUGCAACAUUGCAGCAACAGAACCCGGAACCUCUCAGAAUGAUGGAAAUAACAUGAAACAGUACCUCUAUAACAGAAAGGAACGACAUUCACAGGUCUUACUAAUUGAUUGUAUUGUGUGAGAGACUGAGAGCCAGGGACAGAGCAGAUGAACCAGCUGAGAAUGAGCGAGCUGCUGGAUAGAGACCUGGCCAGGACCGAGAAAACCAGACUGAGAACAGAGCCAGCUGCAGGAUACAGCCAUGUACCAGCUGCCAAAAACAAGGGCAAACACCUGGGAGUACGAACCCUCUUUCAUGACAGGAGAGGAGGUGGAGUUUGAGGGAAGCAGCACAGAGCAGAGCAUGGAGGAGUUUGUCCAGCUGUUCAAAUCCAAGAAGCCGUUGAUAAAGAGACACCUCCGAGAACUCAAAGAGAUUGCGGAUGGCUUGGAUGAGGCCAGCAUGAACGCAACCCUUGCUAAGACUAUAGGGAGCUUCUUAGGGGCGGCCGGGGGGGAUCAUGACCCUAGCAGGGCUAUUCCUGGACCCCGAGUCACCCACAGCACAGCCUGCAGUUUGCAAGAUAUCGGAGAGAAAGGGGUCUCCUUAGGACAGUUUGCCAAAACUGCCACUGAUAUAACCCAGGCCGUCAGUGAGAGAACACACAACCAAAGAGCAGAUGAGAUACUGGGGAAGGUAGAGGCUGCGAUGAUAGAGCUGAGCAAAUCGAUCGACAUCGCCUUUAAAUCACUCCUGAAAUUGAAAGAGUCUCGCCUCGAGGACAAGAGCAGUUUACUUUUACAGCUCUGCAGUAGCGUGGGUCCUAUCAUUAGUAGGUACAUAGGGACGAGAGUGAUGUGUGAUGUGGGCUAUUCUUCUACAGCCCUCUCUCUGUGUGUGAUGACAGGCUAGCUAGAGGGGUUCAAGUUGGACUCUGUGUGGUUAAAGAUGUCUAUGAGAUGACUUCGUAUUAUGAAGACAUGCAGCAAGGCUGCAAGACUGAAAGAGCAGAGGAGAUCAGGAGUGUGGUGAAAUCUGUAGCCUCAGAUCUGUCGAGACUGGAACAGCUGUAUCAAUACAUGCGGCAAUGAAGCUUCUUAAAGGAAAUGUGAUAACAUAUAGAUUCAGAGAGGACAUCAGUAAUCUGGAGCAGAGCUCUUCACUGUAUUGUGAGGUAUAAGAACAUAAGAAAGUUUACAAACGAGAGGAGGCCAUUUAGCCCAUCUUGCUCGUUUGGUUGUUAGUAGCUUAUUUAUCCCAGAAUCUCAUCAAGCAGCUUCUUGAAGGAUCCCAGGGUGUCAGCUUCAACAACAUUACUGGGGAGAUGGUUCCAGACCCUCAUGAUUCUCUGUGUAAAAAAGUGCCUCCUAUUUUCUUUUCUGAAUGCCCCUUUGUCUAAUCUCCAUGUCCCCUGGGUCGACAUUGUCUAU